AUGGAAGCCCAGAAGCAGGAAGUGACCAGGGGACGUGAGAUGAGGUUCAGAGAACUGUGGGCCCAGCAUCUGAGGGAGGCUUUGGCCAAGAAAAACGCAGUCCCGCGGUGGAGCAGCGGCUCCUCACAGAUAAAGCUGCUGUGUUGCAACGUGGGGGACGGCCUCCACCUGCAGAUCUUAUCCAGUGGAGUGGUCCAGGGAGUGCACUGUCCCAACGAGUCCUGUGAGUCCACACGAGUGCCGGGAACCAUCUGA